AUGAGCGACUCCAACGUCACACGAUUCACACAGCCGGCCGAGUGCUACGACUUGCGCGACGCGGUGCCCGCCAUCCCCGCCAAUAUCGAAUAUUAUAAUCAGGUGCCGCUGUACCAGACGAAAGCCCCGGACAGGGAUAUGAAAGCUGUUCUGCAGUCCUGCUGCCCGAAUGGGGUGUGGAUAUAUGAGGAUCCCGAUCCUUGUACGGCGAUCUGUGAUGUGCCUUCUUCGGCCGAGGCGAAGAAAGUUAUGUACUGCUUGAAUGCUCAUGGGGUUGUAUAUGGGACCAAAACGGAGAAGAAUUCUGGGGCUGUGAGGCGGCCGGUGGGAUGGGUGGCUUUGGUGGUUGGGACAAUGCUUCUGUCGGGGAUGUUUAUUUGA